AUGAGAGAACAGUGCGUGCCAGAGAAGUAUGUGAGGUUAGUGAAGGAAAUGUACAGAGGAGCAAUGACACAGGUGAGAAGUAGUGUGGGCAUGACAGAGGAGUUUCCGGUAAAAGUAAGGUUACAUCGAGGGUCUGCGCUUAGUCCCUACCUCUUUGACCUGAUUAUGGAUGUGCUGGUGAAAGAUGUGAAGAAGGAAGCGCCGUGGAAUAUGAUGUUUGCGGAUGAUGUGGUUCCUUGCGAGCAGAGUAUCGACAGGCUUGAGGAAAAGCUGGAGGAUUGGAGGAAGGCACUAGAAGAAAGAGGGACGAAAAUUAGCAGGACAAAGUCAGAAUAUUUAGUACUGAAGGAUGUGUACAUGAGGUCUUGUAAGAUCCAGGAUGAUGAGGUGAAAUCGGUCUGCAAAUUCAAAUACCUGGGGUGGUACAUACAGAGGGACGGAGGACUGGAAAGCGAGAUACAACACCGAAUAAAUUGUGGUUGGAACAACUGGAGGAAAAUGAGUGGAGUGUUGUGUGACAAGAAGGUGAGCAUUGGGUUGAAAGGGAAAGUGUACAAGUCGGUGAUCAAUUGA